AUGGCGGCACCACCGAAAAGAGCAGCGGCACCCAUUGCACCAGUUUGCAUGGCAGCUCCACCGGUAGAUGUAGAAGUGACCGUCUCACCCGCCGAAUUGGUAGUAGUGACGAUGGAACCUGCAGAGGAAGCCUUGCUGCUAGCAGAAGAAGACAAGGAGGAAGUCUUGGAGCUCAAGCUUGAAGCGAGAGAAGAAGAGACGGAUGCGAGGGAGGAAGAAGCAGAGGAAGCGGCUGAACCGGUGAGAGUAGCAGCGGAAGCAUGGGCAGCUGAGAGAGAAGAUUCAGCAGAUGCUUGGGCGGAAUUGAUCGAGGAUUGGACAGAGGAUGCAGCGGAUGAAACGGAGGAUUGGACGGAGGAAAUGGUGGAUGCGACGCCGGAGGCGGAUGAGGCAGAGGACUCGGAGGAGGUGGAUGCAGAUGAGGCGGCGGAGGAGGAGGAGCUCAAGGAGGAUGAGGUGGCUGAGCCGAUUACGCUGCUGGCUUCAGAGGAGAGGGAUGAGAUGAUGGAGGAGGCUUGUCCCUAA